AAAUGACGUCAAACAGGCGACUCGCCUUGCGGAAAUUCAGCUAGAAGUUGAUUACUUACGCUUGAUUUAUAUACUUAAAUCGACGCAAUUUACUUAACUAUUUACCUUAAAGUGUGUGUUUUAUGUUGUUAGGUUAGAUACUAACGACGUCAAGUCGUUUAUUACCUUACUAGUUCGUCGUUUGUGGAUAUUUGUUGGGGAGUUGGCUAAAUGGAAGAUGACAACACUGUGAAGAGACAUGACACCAAACUAAAAAUAACAAAUAAUGACACAGAGGACAUCAAUAACAAAGAAAAGGUGCCAAGUUUGUCCAAAAGGCAGCAGAAGAAGCUUCUAAAGCAGCAGAAAUGGGAGGACGAGCGGGAGCUGAGAAAACAGAAGCGUAAAGAAAGGAAGCAUCAGCGUCGCCUGCAGAGACAAACACAGCACGAUCAUCAUCAUAAGAAGGACGACAACGAUGAAGACCACAGGGCCAGGAAACGACCUCGUAGAGAUGUCAUCCCCGGCUCGCUGAGGCUGGUCGUGGACUGCAGUUUUGACGACCUCAUGCUAAUUAAGGAUGUCCACAAGCUACACAAACAGAUCCAGAGGUGCUAUGCAGAGAACCGAAGAGCCACACGUCCAGUCCAGUUUUAUCUAACGAGCCUGGGAGGACAACUCAAACAGAGCAUGGAUGAAAAGGACAAAGGCUGGAUCAACUGGAAGGAUAUUACUGUUAAAUCCGAACACUAUAGCAAUGUCCUAGCGAAGGAAGAACUGGUCUACCUGACGUCGGACUCUCCCAACAUGCUAGCUGAGCUGGACCCCAAGAAGGCCUACAUCAUCGGCGGACUGGUGGACCACAACCACCAUAAGGGCAUCACUUUUGAGAGGGCGAAGGCGCUAGGUAUCGAUCACGCCCAGCUUCCUUUGAGCAGCUUCGUCCAGAUGAACAGUCGGAAAGUUCUGGCGGUAAACCACGUUUUUGAGAUCAUCCUGGCGUUUUUGGAGAAAGGCAACUGGAAGGAAGCCUUCUUCUCCGUGUUGCCCCCCAGGAAAGGAGCAAUGGCCAUCAAGCAGGAAGGAGAAGAAGAAGAAGGAGGAGGAGGAGGAGCCAAUCAGGCAGAGGAACAAGAUGGCGACUCUGACAAUGAAGUAUGAAUUAUGAGUAGCUAAUUAAUGACUUCUGCUACCUUAGUCUGACUCGUUUAGUUUAAUUUAAUUAAAUGUUAUUUUAUUUUUGAUGAAUUUCAUGGCCCAAACCAUCAUGAUACAAGCUUCAUUUUUGUGUAUUUUUUUAUACUUUUAUUUGGUGCCAAAUCUGAAUUUAUUAAAAAAAAAUAACAGUCAAAUGAAAUUGAAUGACCUCAAUGUGUCUGGUACUGAGAAAAUGUAUUCAUUGUAAUAAAAAUCCUAAUAUUAAUUUAUUUAUGUUGAGACAAACAGUGGUGGGUGGUGUAUUUGGUACCUGGGCUUUCAGCGGACCCAAUCCACCUCUUACUACCACCGCUAUCACGUCACAGUUACACAAACCAUGACUAAUACACAAAAAGAUAAGAUAACAAUGCCUGGCAUUACAGUAUCGAGGAUGAAUACCGUUAUUACUAAAGCAACACACCCAGUUAACCCUUUAUCCUCCAAUACAGCAUAUCCAAACUCCAAACCUCUACACUGCAACAUCAUCUGGAGCAGUGCAGAAUCAGUCAUUGUCUAAUAACAUGACAUCAAAAUGAAAUAAAAUACAUCACAGCACAACACAUCACUCGUAAGUACUGCUCUGGAAGACUUCCAGGAUAACACACACAGAACGAUGAACAACACCGUGUCUGUCUCCUUUCAUCAUGUCUGAACAGGAUCAAUUAAGUGCAUGUGAUGAUGCUUUCAAGCACACUGGUAACUUCGAGUGUUGGGGAAUAGGCGUCCAGACAUCAACUAAUCAGAGAAUGGAAAAGUGCUGAUGUUCUUGUACGCUUGCUUGCUGGCCUUGUGAGGUGAAUCACUCCAUUGCUCCAUUGCUAAUAGUGUUUAAGCCAGCACUCCUCACUCUGAAGGCCCUGGGCAGAUUACACUGACAUGGUAACACAUAGAAGCUGAAAUCAGAUUGGACAAAAAAAUCUUAAGCGGCAAUACAGUUUAAGCAAUGCAGCAAUGGGGAAUGAAUUCAUACAAUGAAACAAAUACGGUGGUGUCUUGGUUAGCGUCAUUAAUCUGUUCCAAAACCAAAACAAAUUAUGUCAAUCCAAUCCACCCAUUCCAGACACCCAAAAGUGUUCACACGAAACAUAUUUUAGAGACAACAAUUAUAGUUUUACAUGCACAAAAUGACGCUAAAAUAAUUACAAAUGGACAACUGAACAUUUAACAUCACUUUGACCUAUUUUUGUUGGAAAAAUCCCCCCACAAAACCAUCAAUUAACACAAUUACACAAAAUAAACACGUUAUUUUGCUGCAGCCACAAUUUGCAUCAAAUAUAAAUAAUAUAUCAACAUUCUGGAACCAAUAAACAUGUACCUCACCAUUGAACUUCUUCAAUACCAAAGACGUUAUACAUUUUUAUAAAACUGAACGCCCGAUCCCAACAACGUAUUUAUACAUCUUUUACAUUUUUUUGAGAGGCUAAACAAGGUCAUGAUGCAACUCCUCACAAAUGCAUCAGGCCUGAGAGCAAUUAAUGCCAUAAAAGCGGCCACUAGGUGGCAGACGUGCAUUUGAUAAGAGCUCAGCAGCGCUUAUGAGAGGAAGAAAAAAUUAGCUAAAAGGAGGAAGUGACGGAUUGCGUUCCGGGUACGUAUUGCGCAGUGAUAGCAAUCCCUUGCAUCAAGGCAGCUGUUAGAUUGCGCAUGUUCCGCAUUUGUAGCAGACUUGUAAUGGCAUCAGGUUUGAAGAACACACACAAAGUCAGGGUCUGCACAUUUAUUUCUGUGGAACAACGGCAAGGAGGGUAAGAGUCUCCCUUGCAACAGCACCUGAAACGAAAAUAAUGUUCCACCAAAAAUGUAAAAGCAUGUUUUCAGAAUGUUCACAACAGAAAAACCACAGUAUUGUCAAUCUACAGUUUCACUCAGCACACAUUGUAGGGAAAUUUUAACUCAGGCAUGCACGCGCACACACAUGCACUCACAUACCGUAGUUCAGUUCCAAAUUGUAAAUAGUUCAUGGUGUAAAUAAAUUAUUUUGAUAUCAAAAAAAAAAAGGAAAAACUUUUUGGUGUUGUUUAUGUUGUGGUAUAGUUGUUUAGAUAUUUGAGCUGUCACAAAAGCAGAAAAUAUUUGUGUCAAAGUUAUGCUUGAAAUGUAUCUUUUCACAAAGUAGCGGGCGAACGCGAGUCCAGACAAAAUUUUAGCAAACAUUUUGGUUGUUAACCAAAAAACAAACAAACUAACAAACUAUCUAAACAAACCCAAUGGUAUUUUGGACACUAAACAAGCGGGCGAACGCGAGUCCAGACAAAAUUUUAGCGAAAAGUUUGGUUGUUAACCAAAAAACGUGCUAUCCGGGCCAAGGGAGAACCCGCCCAUUGCUUUCUGCGUCCUGAUUGGCUGUAGACCACUGUCAAUCAAUCUCGGUUCCUGUUUUCUCUCUUUUCUAGCUGGCAACUGAUAUUUUCCUGAAACUUACCUACCGGUAUGUUCUACUGCUGAUUACUGAAGAACGGAAAAAGGUAGAAAUCUUUCUGAUGAAAAACGAGAGGUAUAUAGCCAUAGAACACAAUAUUCUCUGUGCCUUGAAAGAUCAGUCAAAAUCAUCAAAAAUAGCCGCCACUGAAGGGGUUGUCCUUUGAAAAAUGGCUGGGAUUGAAUGAGUUAAUAUAGAAAUUGAAAAUAGAAUAGAAAAAAAAACAAUCGCUGGUGGCAGUGAUGUUGCGGAAGUGUGCCGGCGAGGAUGCCUGAUGACGUG